GGAUUCAUAUUCCCCAACAGUUCCUCCCAGUCAUCUUAAUCUAUCAUUUUCGUCAUAUCUCACGGCUAAGAAUCUAAUCAGUACUUAUAUGUAAAAACAUCAUGAGCGAUACUGCCCUCUACGUGUCAAACGGCACCUGUUUCUUCGGGCCGGGCCAAGUGUCCGACCCAAACUUCAUCCCUUGUGGAAAUGCCGCGCUGUCGGGCCCUCAGCCCUGCUGUUAUGUUGGGGAUUACUGCCUUUCAAGCACAGCGUGCUGGGAUAGGAACACCGUCGUAACCUACGUCGCGGGGUGCACAGACCCCACCUUCAGCUCUCACGAAUGCACCAACAAGUUCGACUACCCGAACCAGCAAUACGUCGCCAUGGCGCGGUGCGACGGCGAGAACCUGGACAUCUGGUCGGGGUGCUCGCACCAUACCAACUGGACCGCGAUACAGAAGGAGCCCGACUGCACCUGCAACGCCUCGGCCCCGCUGAUCCGGAACCCUAACGGGCAGUCCACGCUAUACGAGAUCGCCAGCCUACCCUCUACCCCGGGGGGCACCAUCUCCUUCAACCCCACCACGUCUCCUACAAUACUGCCUACGUCGGGCUCGGCCUCCGCGACAUCUGCUGGAGCGGCGGCACAAACUGCAUCGCCCACCGACGGCACAUCAGGCCUAUCAUCGGGCGCGAAAAUCGGCAUCGGAGUCGGGAUAGGGGUUGGUAUCCCGUUCUUCGCCGCACUGCUCCUCGCCAUCAUCAUCCGACGGAAUCGGGCCUCUGCCACAGAGCCCCCAACCGCUGAAGGGCAAAACUACAUACCACCCCCCAACCCGCAGACCGCUGCCGCCGCGACAGCGCCGCAAAAACAGCAGCAGUCACCCAUGACCCCCGGAAAAGAACUAGCCUCAACGCCGGAGCCGCGAUCGCCGAGCCCGGCGUGGUACGGGUACAAGCCGGAGCUGGCAGCGCAUUCAGCGGCGCAUAAGCAUGAGUUGUCGAGCGAGCGGCAGCAGUCAGGGAGCGGCGUGAGCUCGAGCUGGAACUCGGGGACGCUGAAUAGUCGGGAGGUGGUGUCGGAACUGUCGAGCCAUGAUGCGAUUACGAGCGCGGUGGAUCGGAGGUCUUGGGAGGGGGGCGUUUCGCUUAUGUAG